AUGGUGCAGGCUGCUUUACCAUGGAUGAAGGUUCUUCCAGGGCGUUUGACAUUUGGAGGCUUUGGGGACGGACUGGUAUUGUUGUCUUUGGUUUUCCUGUUCCAUUUGCGGAUCCAUUUUGCUUUAGUUUCCUAUAUUCUCCAUCUUAGUUGUGAAGUUAUGCUGGACUUCGUCAUUUGUACCUCGAGUCACACAGCUCUUACAAAGGUUUCUAAACGCUGUAUACAUGGAAAGUUAGGUGCAUCUGUCUCAUUUCCCGGGGUUUUUAUGUGGUGCAUCAUGCUUGAUAGUCUGUAUAUAUACGUGGUGAAAGGGAGUUGGUCUUUGUCAUCGUUUUUAAUUAUCGGUUGCAUAAAGAGUGGCAAUGGUCAUUUAUGGGCUAGUCGGGUGUACGCUUCUUUAGAGGCCUGUAAUAUAUCAUCAUCUAUCAUCAAUUGA